AUGUUUUCUUUUUUCUCACUUUCGCUCCUUUCAGACCGUUUUUUUUUCUUUAGCUAUUCUUUUCAUCUUUGUCUAUCUUUAAGACACGCGAGUUCCAACAAGGGAGAUAAUCGUUGUUAUACCACAAGUUUUCUCAGGGAGAUUCAGUGCGUCUUUUUGUUCCGAUUCCCAGCUGCAUUCGCCUCAGCUUUUCUUGCAUAUUUUCCCGUCUGGGUUUUCCCCUUUUUCACACUCUUUCUCCUUUUCUUCCUUGUCUUGUCACUCUUCCCCCCUUGUCUGCUCUUUUUCUUGUCCCCCCAUUGUCUGCUCUUUUCUCUCCCCCCAUUGUCUGCUCUUUUUCUCCUCCCCUUGUCUUUUCUCUCUCCCCUUUUCUCUCCCCCUUUUCUUGUCUUUUCUCUCCCUUUUUCUUGUCUUUUUUCUCCCCCUUUCUUGUCUUUUUCUCUCCCCCAGUCUUGUCAUUUCUUUCUUCCCCUUUGUCUUGUCAUUUCUUUUCUUCCCCCUUUGUCUUGUCAUUUCUUUCUUCCCCUUUGUCUUGUCAUUUCUUUUCUUCCCCUUUGUCUUGUCAUUUCUUUCUUCCCCCUUUUGUCUUGUCAUUUCUUUCUUCCCCCCCUCGCCUUGUCUUGUCUUUUCUUUCUUCCCCCCCCUUGCCUUGUCUUUUUUUUCUUUCUUUCCCCCCCGCUUUGUCUUGUCUUUUUCUUUCUUCCCCCCGCUUUGUCUUGUCUUUUCUUUCUCCCCCCUGCUUUGUCUUGUGUUUUCUUUCUUCCCCCGCUUUGUCUUGUGUUUUCUCUUCCCCCCUUGUCUUGUGUUUUCUCUUCCCCCCUUGUCUUGUGUUUUCUUCCCCCCCCUUGUCUUUGUUUUCUCUCUUCCCCCAUUGUCUUUUCUCUCUUCCCCCAUUGUCUUUUCUUCCCCCCCCAUUGUGUUUUUUCUCUCUUUCUCUCCCCAAUUGUCUUUUUCUCUCUUCCCCCAAUUGUCUUUUUUUCUCUCUUCCCCCAAUUGUCUUUUUUCUCUCUUUCCCCAUUGUCUUUUCUCUCUUUCCCCCAUUGUCUUUUCUCUUUCCCCCAUUGUCUUUUUCUCUCUUCCCCCAUUGUCUUUUUCUCUCCCCCAUUGUCUUUUCUCUCUCCCCCCCAUUGUCUUUUCUCUCUCCCCCCAUUGUCUUGUCUUUUCUCUCUUCCCCACCUUGUCUUCUCUUUUCUCUUUUUGUUUUCUCCCUUCCCUUUCUUUUUCUCGCUUCCUUCUCAUUUUCUCUCUUCCCCUCGCUUUCUCUUUUCUCUCUUUCUUCUCGCUUUCUCUCUCUUUUCUCUCUCUUGCCCCUUGGCUUCUCUUUUCUCAUUUUCUUCUCCAUUGCCUUCUCUUUUCUUUACUUCUUUUUCUAUUUGCCUCUACUUUCUAUAUUCUUCUUCUUUCUUCUUUUCGCCCUUUCAUAUUUUCUUUCUUCUUCUACUUGUUCUUUUUUUCUCUUUCUUCUCUAUUUUCCCUUCUUUUCCACUUCUCCUUUCAUCCCUUCUACUUUUCUACCUUUUCACUUCUUCUUCUUCAUCUUCUGCUUCUAUUUUUCUCUUUUCUUCUCCCUUCAUCUCUUCUUCCUUUUCUCUCAUAAUCUACUCCCAUUCUUUCUUUUUCUCUCUUCUUCUUUCCUUCUCAACCACUUACUCCCCGUUUUUCAUUCCUUCUUCAACCUCUCUCCCUUUACACCCCUCCUUCUCACCAUAUACCCCGUGUCUUUCUUUUCUUUUCUUAUCGUUUUAA